CCAUUUGGAGAAAUAGAAAGUUUUCGUUGGUCGUGCGAGGCAAAAAUCUCAAAAAAAAAAAUCCCAAAUUUAGUUGUCGGCUCCAAGGGGUAUUAUAGUAAAUGUGCGGCUAGAAAUUGAAUAAUGGAUGGUACCAGAAAAAAAAACCUCCUUGGGGAAGCAAAGAAGAAAAACCCAGUUAAGCCCCCAACCCAAAGGACUCUGAAAUUGUUUAUCUCUUUUGAUAAAAGUUAGUAGCUUUGUUUCUUGUUACUGUUGUGUAGACCUCAUAAGUCAAUCCUAAGCACAGCCAAAUAUAAAUCCCACAGGAUAAGUAAAACCAGUGGCCACCAAUAGAAAGGAAAGCUUGCAAAGAUAAUGUUAGGAUUUCUAGCAGAGACUGAAGCAGAGGAUGCACAAGUAAAGCUGAAGCUCCUCUUCAAUGGCGAACUCUAAGCUUACCACUUAUCUUAUUCUCAUAAUUUGCUUUUGCUUUACAGUUCCUUCAACAGCAAAGACAUCAACUUUAGUACAAGAAAUCAAGCAGCAAAGUCAGGUUCAAGAUAAAGAACCGUUUGUGGGUGUUAACUUAGGCACGGAUGUCUCAGAUCUGCUAUCAGCAACGGACUUGGUUUCAUUCUUGCAAGUGCAAAAAAUUUCGCACAUUCGACUUUAUGACGCAAAUCAAGACAUACUCAAAGCAUUGGCGAAGACAAAGAUCCGGGUCAUUAUCAGUGUACCAAAUAACCAGCUUUUGGCAAUAGGAUCAUCCAACACCACUGCUGCUUCUUGGAUCGAUCGAUACGUCGUCGCUUACUACCCGGAAACGCUCAUCACUGGUAUUGCUGUUGGAGAUGAGGUUUUAACAACCGUACCGUCCUCAGCUCCUUUGCUGCUUCCUGCAAUUCAGUCUCUUUACGGUGCCUUAGUGGCUGCAAAUUUGCAUACGCAAAUCAAGGUUUCAACCCCACAUGCAGCUUCUAUCAUUCUUGAUACCUUUCCUCCUUCUCAGGCUUACUUUAACCAAAGCUUGACUUCAGUUAUGGUACCUUUGCUUCAGUUUUUGUCAAGAACUGGCUCGCCUUUAAUGAUGAAUCUUUAUCCUUAUUAUGUGUUUAUGGAGAAUAAGGGUGUGGUUCCCUUGGAUAAUUCCUUGUUUAAGCCAUUGACACCAUCUAAAGAAAUGGUCGAUCCUAAUACUUUGUUGCAUUACACUAAUGUGCUGGAUGCUAUGAUUGAUGCUGCAUAUGUUUCUAUGAAGAAUUUAAAUGUUACCGAUGUUGUGGUGCUUGUUACUGAGAGUGGGUGGCCUUCCAAGGGGGACUCGAAGGAGCCUUAUGCUACUAAAGACAAUGCUGAUACCUAUAAUUCGAAUCUUAUUAAGCAUGUCUUAGACCGUAGUGGAACCCCUCUGCAUCCAGAAAUCACUUCCAGUGUGUAUAUUUAUGAGUUGUUCAAUGAGGAUUUGAGGUCACCUCCGGUGUCUGAGGCGAAUUGGGGAUUGUUUUAUUCAAAUUCAACCCCAGUGUAUUUGCUUCAUGUAUCAGGAAGUGGGACCUUUUUGGCAAAUGAUACAACUAAUCAGACCUUUUGUAUUGCAAUGGAUGGGGUUGAUUCAAAGACAUUGCAGACAGCAUUGGACUGGGCUUGUGGUCCUGGGAGGGCAAAUUGCAGUGAGAUUCAACCAGGGGAGAGCUGCUACCAGCCUAACAAUGUGAAGAACCAUGCUUCUUAUGCCUUUGAUAGCUAUUAUCAGAUGGAAGGGAAAGCGUCUGGGUCUUGUGAUUUCAAGGGUGUGGCAAUGAUAACUACCACUGACCCAAGUCACGGAAGUUGUGUAUUUCCAGGAAGUAAGAUGGUAAGCAACAAGACGAGAACGGUUUUAAACUCAACAGAAGUAAGUGGUGCAGCUGAAAGGUUAAAGUUCAACACUUUCCACGGCAGCCAAAUAAGUGCAACUACUGUAGCAUUCUGUAUUUUGUUACUCAUUCCUUUUGUUACCACUCGAUGAGGAGGAUAAUAAAAAUAUAUCUGUUUGAAAAUGUAUCAUUGUUUUGCAUUGAAUUCAAGAUGAUCUCUUUUUGUGCAAAGGUGAAAAGAAUAUCUUUGAUGAUGA